AUGUCUCUGAAGAGCGUCGUCAUCAUAAUCAUGCUCGGCAGACUGCAAGUCGGUACCAAUCCAUGGCCCGAGUAUCCUCGACCUCAGUUGGAGAGGUCUGAAUGGCAGAACUUGAACGGGAUCUGGCAGUAUCAGAAUGCACCUGGGCUGGAAGCUGUCCAAGCUCCCCCGUUUGGGCAAGCCCUGACCAAUGAGGUCCUAAUUCCAUCCUGCUUGGAGAGUGCUCUAUCAGGAAUCCAAGGAAACCACACUCUUUAUUCCUGGCUGUCCACAACUUUCACGAUACCCAAGGGAUGGAAACACCAGAACGUGCUGUUGAACUUCGGUGCUGUGGACUAUGAGGCAACCGUCUUUGUCAAUGGGAAGCAGGCUGGCUUCAAUCGGGGAGGAUAUUUCUCCUUUACCCUGGACAUCACGCAAUUUGUCUCCUUCGACGGCGCAAAUGAAUUGUUGGUCUUCGUGCACGACCCCACUGACAGCGGCGACUAUGUUAUACCAAUUGGCAAACAGAGACUCAUCCCAGCCCACAUCUUCUAUACGCCCUGCAGCGGCAUAUGGCAGAGUGUCUGGAUUGAGUCGGCUCCAGCCAACUAUAUCACGGAGUUGGACAUUAGUGCUGGGAUGGACGGUCAAGUCAACGUAACCGCCGUCAGUGCCAGUGGAAAGUCGACACCAGUGGACAUUACAGUCUUCGAUGGCGGCUCAGAUAAGAAAGUUGCAUCCCACAAGGGUACAUCCGACCAACCCUUCAGUUUCAAGGUUGAGUCUCCGAAACUGUGGUCGCCUGAUUCUCCGACUCUGUAUAACAUUAGCGUCAAGAUGGGAGCGGACGAGGUCAAGAGUUAUACCGGCUUCCGUACUAUAUCGAAAGGAACUGUCAAUGGUAUCUUGCGGCCUUUGAUAAACGGCGAGUUUACAUUUGUCUUUGGUACGCUUGACCAAGGCUAUUGGCCGGAUGGUAUCUACACUCCCCCAAAUCGGGAAGCGAUGGUGUAUGACUUGCACUUUCUGAAGAGCCUGGGUUUCAAUAUGCUUCGCAAACACAUCAAAGUCGAGCCGGCCCUCUUCUACCGGGCUUGCGAUGAAAUCGGUCUUCUGGUCGUUCAAGAUAUGCCCUCCCCCCGACCAUUGCAGUCGCGAAAACUGUCAAACUGCAACGACCAAACCAUUUUGCCAGACGCUGCCCAGCAGGAGGAAUUUAACAGACAGCUAGAGCUACUUGUAAAGCAGCACAGGAGCUACCCCAGCAUUUUCUCAUGGGUAAUCUAUAACGAAGGCUGGGGUCAGCGAACGGACUAUUAUCCGGAGAUCGAGUUAACGGAGCGAGUUCGCCAGUUGGAUCCCACAAGGCUGGUUGAUGCGACGUCCGGAUGGAUUGACCACGGGCAUGGCGACUUCAGCGACAAUCAUCAUUACUCAUACCCUCAAUGUGGCACGCCGUUCUACUCCAUACAGUCAAUUCCGCAUGACCCAAGCAGAAUCGCAAUCCAGGGUGAAUUCGGCGGUGUUGGCACAAAUGUUUCUAUCGAGCACUUGUGGAACAACAUCGACGCCAUCAACGCAAUCAACCAGACUUACGAGAUGGCCGAUAAUUUUGACAUUUGGAACUACCGUAGCCACCUCCUUUUGAGCGAGCUCAAAGAUCAAAUCACGCGGUUUUCAUGCAGUGGAGGGAUCUGGACGCAAACAACCGAUGUAGAAGGCGAAGUGAAUGGUCUGUUGACUUAUGAUCGGAGACUAAAGCGUGUAGAUGAGAAGAUGUGGAAAGACGACAUCCAGGCAUUGUAUGACGCGGCAAAGGCCAGGACUUGA